CAACGGUUUCACCACUCACGACUUCACACUCUUUGAACGCCCAUCUAUCUCGUCAAAGCGGUAGGGAACAGCAACAUAAUGGCGUCCAGACCGGAAAUGCGAGAGGACGACGAGUCUGGUUUCUGCAAGUUCUUCCGCAACCUCCCAGACAAGAACGACGACACCGUCCGGAUAUUCGACCGAGGCGACUAUUACAGUGCUCAUGGCGAGGAUGCGAAGUUCAUCGCAAAUAGCGUCUACCGAACCACAGCUGUGCUACGCAAGUUAGGACGAGAGCCGGGCCUUGAAUCCGUUACCAUGACCACGAUGGUCUUUCGCAAUUUUCUCCGAGACGCGCUUUUUCGAUUGAGCAAACGCAUUGAGAUCUGGCAGUCAACAGGGAAACGAAUGGACUGGAAGGUGGCGAAGCAGGCGUCACCGGGCAAUCUCCAGGACCUCGAAGACGAGCUGGGUGGCCACGUCGAGAACUCGCCGAUCAUACUUGCGGUCAAGGUGUCUGCCAAAGCCUCAGAAGCCCGUAACGUCGGGGUAUGCUUUGCUGAUGCCAGCGUUCGCGAGCUCGGUGUGACAGAAUUUCUCGACAACGACCUCUAUUCGAACUUUGAAUCACUCCUCAUUCAACUCGGUGUCAAGGAGUGUUUGAUCCAAGCGGAUGGAAAUAAGAAGGAUGUAGAGCUCAACAAGCUGCGGACGAUAGCCGACAAUUGCGGAUGUGCUGUGGCAGAACGAGGUGCGGCCGACUUUGGCACCAAAGACAUCGAGCAGGAUCUACCGCGGCUGCUGAAGGAUGAGGCCGCCGCAGGGACACUGCCACAGACCGAUCUCAAAUUGGCGAUGGGUGCGGCAGCCUGUCUGAUCAAGUACCUUGGCGUCAUGUCUGACUCGUCCAACCUUGGCCAAUACCAGCUCUAUCAGCACGAUCUCACACAGUACAUGAAGCUUGACGCCGCAGCCUUGAAGGCGCUCAACUUGAUGCCUGGUCCUAGGGAUGGAGCGAAGAACAUGAGUCUGUACGGCUUACUCAACCACUGCAAAACCCCAACUGGAAGCCGGCUGCUCUCGCAGUGGCUGAAGCAACCUCUGAUGGAUCUUGUUGAGAUUGAGCGGCGGCAGCAGCUUGUUGAGGCGUUUGUAAACGACACUGAACUGCGACAGACGAUGCAGGAAGAGCAUUUGCGGUCGAUACCCGAUUUGUAUCGUCUUGCAAAGAAGUUCCAACGCAAGGCCGCAAAUUUGGAAGACGUGGUCCGCGCUUAUCAAGUUGUCAUUCGGUUGCCCGGAUUUCUGGAGUCACUCGACGCCGUCAUGGACGAGCAGUACAAAGACGCUCUUGAUGCCGAGUAUACCUCAAAACUGCGACAGUAUUCGACCGCGUUCGUGGGCCUCCAGGAUAUGGUUGAGACGACGGUUGAUCUCGAUGCGCUUGACAACCACGAAUUCAUCAUCAAACCCGAGUUCGACGAAGCACUGCGCGUGAUCCGUAAGCGCCUUGAUAGACUCAAGCGCGAGAUGGAGUCGGAGCACAUGAAGGCUGGCGAUGAUCUGAACCAGGAUACUGAGAAGAAGCUGUUCCUGGAGAAUCACAAAGUUCACGGAUGGUGCUUUAGAUUGACGAGAAACGAAGCGGGUUGCAUCCGACAGAAGAAGCAAUAUCAAGAGAUCUCGACACAGAAGAAUGGCGUCUACUUCACGACGCCAUCCCUGCUGGAAAAACGUCGAGAGUUCGAUCAGCUCUCCGAAAACUACAACCGAACGCAGUCCGGACUCGUCAACGAGGUUGUAGCAGUAGCAUCCUCGUACGUCCCUGUUGUUGAGAAGUUGGCAGCUGUGCUCGCGCAUCUCGAUGUUAUAAUUGCCUUUGCACAUGUUUCGGUACACGCACCCACAUCGUACACGCGGCCAACCAUGCAUCCCCGGGGUACGGGCAACACUGUGCUUAAAGAAGCCCGUCACCCUUGUCUGGAAAUGCAGGACGACAUCUCAUUCAUUACCAACGAUGUCAGUUUAUUGCGCAACGAGAGCGAGUUUCUGAUCAUCACGGGUCCCAACAUGGGCGGCAAAUCGACGUAUAUUCGACAGAUCGGCGUGAUCGCACUUAUGGCACAGAUAGGAUGCUUCGUCCCAGCAGCAGAAGCAGAGCUCACCAUCUUCGACUGCAUCCUUGCCAGAGUGGGUGCAAGUGAUAGUCAGAUCAAGGGCGUCUCGACGUUCAUGGCGGAAAUGUUGGAGACUGCCAACAUCCUGAAGUCUGCGACGAAAGAGUCCUUGAUUAUUAUCGAUGAACUCGGUCGCGGUACAAGUACGUACGAUGGAUUUGGUCUCGCUUGGGCCAUUUCUGAAUACAUCGUCAAAGAGAUCGGCGCGUUUGCGCUGUUUGCAACGCAUUUCCACGAGCUUACUGCGCUUGCCGAUACCUACCCACAAGUCGAGAAUCUGCAUGUCGUAGCACACAUCUCCGAAGGCACCACGGAGACAGAAAGUGGUGUUCAAAAGAAGCGAGAAGUCACUCUGCUGUACAAAGUCGAGCCCGGCUUCUCAGACCAGUCGUUCGGAAUCCACGUUGCCGAGCUAGUCCGCUUUCCGCAGAAGGUCAUCAACAUGGCCAAGCGGAAGGCAGACGAGCUGGAAGAUUUUGCAGGAAAGCACGAGGAAGGGUUUGUACAGGCGAGCAAAGAGGACGUUGAAGAGGGAAGCAAGCUGCUCAAGGAGAUGCUGGCUAAGUGGAAGGAGGAGGUUGAGAGUCAAGGCCUGACCAAGAAGCAGCAAGUCGAGCGCAUGCGUGAGCUGGUCAAGGAGAACCAGGCACUGCAGGCCAAUGGUUUCUUCAAGGGCAUCCAGGCAUUGUAGGAUUCAAGGGCUGAUUCCUCAGCAUGGCGUUUGGAUGUAUUGUCCCACAGUCUAAGUGGCUUCUCACCAGGGCGUUUUCAGAGUGACCAGCAUAGCGUUAGCGAUAUACCAAAUUCAAAUGAUUCCACAUCAG